AGGACAACAACAGCAGCAUGCGCACAACACGGAGAAAGAAACAGCAAGUCGAUAAAGAGUAGCAUAUUUUUUUAACGACAUGACGUGCAAAUGUGGACAUGUAAUAAGACUACGGAUAUCCUAUCCAAGUAAAGUAGCCUAUCUCACAGGUACGAACUUCACUUUGAAUAUGGACGUAUAGCUACGAGACUUAGUGACAGUUUGCAUCAGCACCACACGGCUGCUAUACAACCAUACAAUAGGCUACUGUAGCGGGCUUUUAAAGAAGAUUAAAAAAAAAAAAAACAUGGGGUCCAAGUUGACCAGGCAGAGAAGUCUGGACAGUCAAGCUAGUUUUUUUAGGAAGGGUCGCCAGCGCAACUAUAGCUCUGGGGACGCCGAGCGGAGUGACAGUCGUGGUGGCGGGGACUUUCUAUUCACAUCGCUUAUGCUGAAGUCGGAGAAGCUUCCGGGGAUGCUGCGCAGAAAUAGCAACAGCAGCCCUUACGUGAGGAGAGUCGCCUGGGUCCGGGAGAUACAGAGACUACUGCGGGAACAGAAAGUGGACCAGGCAGCGGAUGUACUGAAAUUAUUGAGAAAGGAUUUGGGACUGGAGGGUACGUCUCUCAAUGACAUUUUGUAUAAGAACGCUGCCUUCCUUAACCUGGUGGAUCCCAUUUCCCAUGAGCUCCUGCUGAGCUUGGCCCGGGACAUGCAGUGUCCAAAAAGGGAGGCAGAUGCCCUGAAGUCGUCUGAUAAGAUCUGCAGACAGCUGAUCUACCACCUGACCCCGCACUCCAAGUGGACGAGACAGAGCGUGUCCAAAAGGAAGUCCCAGGCCUGUCUGAAGACCACUCUGAAGAAGAAGAUAUCCAACGACAUUGUGGAUCUCUCUGGAAUCCCGCUGUCAGGUCGAGAUGUCCAGCGGGUGGCGCUGUACCUGCAGGACUGCAUCGCACCGGUCACAGCAGUGGACCUGAGCUUCACCGAGCUGCAGGACGAGAGCCUCCGGCUGCUCCUGCCCUCGCUGAGCGCCCUCCCCAAGCUCACCACGAUCGCCGUCAACGGCAACCGCCUCACCACGGCCGUGCUCAAGGACCUCAUGGAGGCGCUGAAGGAACGCCGGCAGUUUCCCAAGCUGGCCUGGAUCGACCUGGGGAACAACCUGGACAUCUUCACGCUGCCGCAGCCGCUGCUGGUGUCGCUACGGCGACGGUUCGGUACGAGGAGCAGCCUGCCCACCAUCCACGAGUUCGCAGACGACGACGAGGGCAGCGCCGGCCACUACCGGCUGGAGAUGUCCACCGAGGAGCCUAGCGUGUUCGAGGAGGACGAGGAGGAGGAAGAGGAGGUGGUGGAUGAAGAGAGAGGGGUGGUGGAGCAGAGGGAUGUGGAGAUGGAGGUGCAGAUACAGGUGGAGCUGAGACUGGUGGAUGUGAGUGAGGUGCAGAUGACACCAACGAGAGAGGUGGAGAUGAGACAGGUGGAGGAGAAACAGGUCGAUGUGAGACAGGUGCAGGUGAGGGAGGUCCUGAUAGAGGCACCAAUUAGAGAGGUCCUGGAGGCACCAAUUAGAGAGGUUCUGAUGGAGGCACCAAUUAGAGAGGUUCUGAUGGAGGCACCAAUUAGAGAGGUUCUGAUGGAGGCACCAAUUAGAGAGGUCCUGGAGGCACCAAUUAGAGAGGUUCUGAUGGAGGCACCAAUUAGAGAAGUUCUGAUGGAGGCACCAACGAUAGAGGUGGAGAUGAGACAGGUCAAGGAAAAACAUUUAGUCGUUAGACAGAUGGAGGUGACACAGUUGGAGGUGAGACGGGUGGAAGAGAGACAGGUGGAGGAGAGACACUUAGACGUUAGACAGAUGGAUGUGGGACAGAUGGUGGAGGUGAGACAGUUAGAGGACAGACAGGAGAAGAUGCGAGAAGUGCAGAUGGAGACGCCAGAGAGACAGGUGGAGAUGAGACAGGAAGAAGUGAGACAGAUAAGAGAGGUGGAGAUGGAAGCACUGGAGAGACAUGUGGGGGUGAGACAGCUAGACUUAAGACAAAUGGAGGUGAGACAGCUGGAGUUGCAGAAGGUGCAGGACAGACAGCAGGAGGUGAGACAGCAGGAGGUGCAGCUGGAUGACAAGCUAUAGGAUUGGAGGGAGGCAAAGUGCAGGUGGAGGUGGAUAUGGGGAUGAAGGUGGCGGUGGCGGCCGACCCAGCGGGGGACUCAUGGGGGGCAGAGCAGAAGGUUAGGGGCAGCGUCAGUUUACUGCAGUGCAAGAGGUGAUUCCUCCCUCCCCCUCUCUCUCCAUACAUCCGUCCGUCCCUCUCUCUCUCUCUCUCUCCCUCUCUCUCUCUCGCUCUUUCUCUCCUCUUUCUCCUUGUAUCUCUACGUCCUGAGGGAGCUGCUGUUGAGCACUUGUUAGUUUUGGGGUGGCUCUGUCCUAACCCUCGUUCCUGGAGUGGUCAUUCUUCGGUAAAAAUGAUAUUCCAGGGUUGAGGCGCAGGGGGCGCUGUGUGCUCCUCUGACUCCGCCCUGAUGAAGCUGACCUCUCCUACUGCUCUCCAGUACUGGGAAGGAGACUCUUGUCCUUCUCGAACCCUCCCUCAGCAUGGUUAUCCAUGACCAGGGGGGAACCAGGGAGUCUGCAGGAGAACCACGUUCCCCACCGACAUCCCUGUGGGGCUGCCUGAAGACUGAAGCCCCACAGCAAAGGAAACAGAACGAGGCGAAGAUGGUCAGAUGGUUGGGGUCAGAUCUUCAGGACUCCAUACUGCCCCAGCACCUCUCCCCCCUUUUACCCCCUCUCUUGCUGCUCAGGGUGGACAUUCAGCUGCCCCCCCAUGACUCUGACCUUAUGUUCUGGUGCACACACAGCACACACACACACACACACACACACACAGACACACACACACACACAUACACACACACUUCCCACUGUAGAGGAUUCUGCCUCUGGCAUGCCGGAGUCUCUGAUUCAUUACAACAGCCCUUCAAAGCAAGCAGUUUCACUGCAAAACUACACAGCCCAAAAUGCAAUUCUCCUAGCCAGAAGUAGCUGUACUGUCUAUGAGCAAUAGUGGUUCUUGGAAACCAUGGGUAAAUGAAGACAGAAAGCUGAGGGGGAGAAACUCACCUGUACACUCACAGGCUUCUCUUCACACAUGGUGUGUGUGUGUGUGUGUGUGUGUGUGUGUGUGUGUGUGUGUGUGUGUGUGUGUGUGUUUGUGUGUGUGUGUGUGUGGCAUUCCUCAUCCCUUUUGUAGCAUGCUCUGCCAAAGAGCAGGUGUGUGUGGUGUGACAUAUUUACGGAGGCACAUAAGUAGCCUACUCCACGCUGCUCUGUGCGCUUGCUCGUCCUCAUUGCACCGUUCCAACACAGACUCCUUUUCAAUGGCGUGAUCACAGCUCUGCAGGGAAUGGACAGACUCAAUCAAAACUGAUAGGCCGUGGGAGUUAGUGUGUGUGUGUGUGUGUGUGUGUGUGUGUGAGAGAGAGAGAGUGAGUGAGUGUGUGUGUGUGUGUGUGUGUGUGGGAUAUCCUGAAGACUGUAAAUACAUUCAGACCCACGUGGGAGAAAUAUGUGUUUUGUGUUUAUAUAUUUAUUAUUUAUUUGUUAAUGUUUAGUUGUGUAUUGUUUAUUUAUUUAUUUGAUACUUUUCUGUCGCAGUAGAACAGCGUCUGUAUGAGUCUUUGGAGAACCAGCUGUAAACUGCCUGUUGUUUAGCUACACACCCAGAACAUGAAGUAGGGUCACAGGGUCCUAGUGUCCCUUGGGUUCCUCUUCUCCCCAAUAUUAGGACCUACAAUGUUCUGCUGUAGUUCCUUUUCUCCCCAGUAUUAGGACCUACAGUGUUCUGCUAUGGUUCCUCUUCUCCCCAAUAUUAGAACCUACAGUAUUCUGCUGUGGCUUAUAUUAGGACCUACAGUGUUCUGCUGUGGCUUAUAUUAGGACCUACAGUGUUCUGCUGUGGCUUAUAUUAGGACCUACAGUGUUCUGCUGUGGUUCCUGUUUGAAUGAUUUCACUGUAACCAAAGCCAAAGUGUAGAACACCAGCUAGUAUAGUUGUGGCUUUAGCCAGAAGCUUGUGAAUGCAUUUAAAUCUAAGAGGAAUGGGGAAGUAUUUAGGAAGAUGUGGUAUAUUAUGCUGCAUAUUAGUUAUGUGCUGAUCAAGGUCAGAGUCUUCAGGGUGACCAACCUCUUCCUCACUCUCACUCAGUCAUCCUAGCAGUGCGAGGAGAGGAGAGGAAUUGGUGAGUGACUCUUCGUACAUGUAAAGCCACAUGCACAUUAGGACGUAUCUCUCUCUACCUGUGCAGAAUAUUUUUACAGACUGCUACACAAACGUGUGUUCCUGUUUCUAGUGUUUCUGUGGGCAUGCUUCUCUCCUUUUCUACACAGGAUCCUGUUUUUUUCCUCUUUUACUAAGUAAGAAGCUGUGUGCUCAUGUAGAUGAAGAUUAUACAAAAUUGUUAUUUUGUAUCCUUUUUAAUAUAAAACUAUAAAAGUACUAUGCCUGUAUUUUUAAUGUUAUCAGAAAAGGCAUUUUUCUUGUUAACAUUUGUCAUUUGUUAUUAACAGUGGAAAGAGAGUCUAUUUGUAUGGGUGUGUGUGUGUGUGUGUGUGUUAGUAUGCGUGCACGUAUACAUGUGUGUUUGCACGCGCACGUGUGUGCAUGUGUGUGUAUUCCAAAAAAAGUGUGACUUAUUUGUAUCUUAGAGGCCCUGACGGGCGUUUCAGAUGCAAACUGUUCUCUUACAUGCACUUUAGAAACAAGCCCAAGCCCAGCGCCCUCAUGGUCCUAAAGCCUGGCCACACACUGCCAACGACAACUAGGACCACAACAGUAAAAACUGCACUUUUAAUAAAUAUGAUUUGUAGCCAAUAAGAAUGACUGCCUACUAUAAACACAACAACAUGGAGAACGAUAUCGUCAGGGUGAUUUUGAAAACAAUACAAAUGCUGACAUACAGAAUCCAUUGUAUAUAUUCAACAUCACAUUAACAGACAUGGGGAGUAUUCCUGAGAUUCCCUUAUUUCCUAUAUUGCCAGUGGAGUUGUCGUUAGCAGUGUGGUUGGGCCCUGAUGCAUCCUGGGAGGUGUCAUCACAGCCGCACCAGAUACACCAUCACAGGGUGCGUAUGCAGGUCUGGAAAAGUCUGGAAUCGUACUGAAAAAUACUCUUUUCCAGACUCCAGAAAAGUGUGGAAGUUUGGGUGAUCGUUUUGGAAAAGAUCAGACAUUUUAAUCAUCAUAGUAAUACAUACCUCAAAACUCCAAAGGUCCAAGGUUAAAAAUUACAAACAAAAUGACACACUUUUUUUUACUCCAAAAAAAAGUCCAAAACGUAGCAUCUUUAAAGACAACAAUUUGGAAUGUCUUGAAAAGUGUGAACCGUCUGUUGAUAAGAGGAAGCGACCUGCAUCACCACCGCCUGCUAGUGUGUAUCGAUGUGUUGACCCCUUCCAUCACGUUACAUACUGACUAUGGUUUACAUGCUCAAAAGGAAAUGUAAUGACAUGACUGUUCUUGUUCAAGGAAAUAAAUAUUUGUCAUAAA